AUGGCACUAUUUAUAAGAAAUUAUCAAUCAAUAAACCCAUUAAGGAAACCAAAGAUCCUAACAUUUACGGCGCUCCUUUUUUUCUUUACACUUUAUAUAUUAAGUUUUGAUUUUCAAAUAAACAAUCCAUCAAACGUCCCACCAUUAAUAGAUUUAUAUGCACCAGAUGGCACAUCAUACUUGACCACGGAACCAUCAUCAUAUGGUUAUAAAAAUUACAGUGAAUUUAUCCCAGGAAGUCUACCAUUAAUAAUUUCCAUAUCUCAUGGAGGUCACUUGUUUCCUAGAGACAUUCCUGAUAGGAAGAAAACAACUCCAGGCAUGGUAAAAUCUAAUGAUAUAAAUACCCAAGAAAUUGGUCAUCAGCUAUCAAAAAUAAUCACGAAAAGAUUUAACGGAAGAAAACCUUACAUGGUAAUUAAUCAUUUGGGAAGGAGUAAAAUUGACGUUAAUCUUGAAUUACGCUUUGAACGUGGGUUGUUAAUUGACAUUCACGGUCACGGACAUACAGAAAAUUACAUUGAAUUGGGAUAUGCAUUAUCGCUAGAGACCUUAUCGAUUCCCACCGAUACACUAAAUACCAACGAGGAAAUUGUUUUUGGAUCGAGCAUAAGAGCAUUAUGCGCUCGUAAACAAAACGAGCUAAGUUUCUCGGAAAUAUUAAGAGGAGAAUCUACUUCACUUGGCGGAAAAUUGCAAAAACUUGGAUAUGACACGAUCCCUUCUCAUGUGCAUAAAUAUCCAUUACCAACUGAAAGGUAUUUCCAUGGGGGUUAUUCCGUACAAAGAUAUGGUUCAAGGAACAAUGAACAUGUUGUCGAUGCGAUACAAUUAGAAUUACCAAGAUUGUUGAGACUUGGAAAUAGUAGAUUACGAGAGACAUUCGUUAAAGAUUUGGCUAAAGCUCUCGGUUGGUUUAUCCAGACAUAUUAUUUUGCGGAAUAG